UCCCCAGCGCCGACCCGUCUCUCUGCCCUCGCCGCUGCCAUGGCGGCAGCUCCGCCGCUUUCCAAGGCCGAGUAUCUGAAGCGUUAUUUGUCUGGGGCAGAUGCCGGCAUCGACCGGGGGUCUGAGUCCGGUCGCAAGCGUCGCAAAAAGCGGCCGAAGCCUGGCGGGGCCGGCGGCAAGGGAAUGCGGAUUGUGGAUGAUGAUGUGAGCUGGACCGCUAUCUCCACAAGUAAACCAGAAAAAGAGGAAGAGGAAGAUGAUGGAGAUUUGCCUGUGGUGGCAGAGUUUGUGGAUGAGCGGCCAGAAGAGGUAAAGCAGAUGGAGGCCUUUCGUUCCAGUGCCAAAUGGAAGCUUCUGGGAGGCCACAAUGAAGACCUACCCUCACACAGGCAUUUUCUUCAUGAUACCCUAGAUUCAUCUCCUAGGAGAGUCCGUCAUGAUACCCCGGAUUCAUCUCCUAGGAGGGCCCGUCACGACACCCCAGAUCCUUCUCCCCUCAGAGGGGCUCGUCAUGACUCAGACACAUCUCCUCCCAGGAGGAUCCGUCAUGACUCCUCAGACACUUCACCUCCAAGGAGGGCCCGUCAUGAUUCUCCAGAUCCUUCUCCUCCCAGGAGGCCUCAGCAUAAUUCUUCAGGUGCAUCUCCUAGGAGAGUCCGUCAUGAUUCACCAGAUCCCUCUCCUCCUAAGCGAGCCCGUCAUGAUUCCUCAGAUAUCUCUACCCCCAGAAGGGUCCAUAACAACUCCCCUGACACAUCUAGGAGGACUCUUGGUUCUUCAGACACACAGCAACUCAGAAGGGCCCAUCAUGACUCCCCUGAUUUGGCUCCUACUGUCGCUCAUUCCCUACCCAGAACCAAAAGUGGUAAAGCCCCAGAAAGAGCCUCUAACAAGACUUCUCCACAUUGGAAGGAGUCAGGAGCCUCCCAUUCGUCACUCCCAAAGAACAGCAAAUAUGAGUAUGACCAUGACCUCUCUCCUCCACGAAAAAAGCAAACAAAAUCCCAUUUUGGAGACAAGAAGCAGUUUGAUUCCAAAGGUGACUGCCAGAAAACAACUGAUUCAGACCUUUCUUCUCCACGGCAUAAACAAAGUCCAGGGCACCAGGAUUCCGAUUCAGAUCUGUCACCUCCACGGAAUAGACCUAGACACCGGAGCUCUGAUUCUGACCUCUCUCCACCAAGGAGGAGACAGAGGACCAAAUCUUCUGAUUCUGACCUGUCCCCGCCUCGAAGGAGUCAGCCUCCUGGAAAGAAGGCUGCACACAUGUAUUCUGGGGCUAAAACUGGGUUGGUGUUAACUGACAUACAGCGAGAACAGCAGGAGCUCAAGAAACAGGAUCAAGAAACCAUGGCAUUUGAAGCUGAAUUUCAAUAUGCUGAAACCGUAUUUCGAGAUAAGUCCGGUCGUAAGAGGAAUUUGAAACUGGAACGUUUAGAACAAAGGAGGAAAGCAGAAAAGGACUCAGAGAGAGAUGAGCUGUAUGCCCAGUGGGGAAAAGGGCUUGCCCAGAGCCGGCAACAGCAACAAAAUGUGGAGGAUGCAGUGAAAGAGAUGCAAAAGCCUCUGGCCCGCUAUAUUGAUGACGAAGAUCUGGAUAGGAUGCUAAGAGAACAAGAAAGAGAGGGGGACCCCAUGGCCAACUUCAUCAAGAAGAAUAAGGCCAAGGAGAACAAGAAUAAAAAAGUGAGACCUCGCUACAGCGGUCCAGCACCUCCUCCCAACAGAUUUAAUAUCUGGCCCGGAUAUCGCUGGGAUGGAGUGGACAGAUCCAAUGGAUUUGAACAGAAGCGCUUUGCCAGGCUUGCCAGCAAGAAGGCAGUGGAGGAACUUGCCUACAAAUGGAGUGUUGAGGAUAUGUAACUUGCCUGAGGCUGUGGGGGUGGCUGGGCUGUGGUAGUGGGCAUAGGCAGUGAGAUAUCCAGCAGUAACAGUUGUCUGUGCUAAUAAUUGGAGCCCACAAAGACCAGCACCCUGUUGAAUGCCAGUUUUGACCACAGAAGAAUAUUCGAGACCUGAUGCUUGGACUGAGGUACCUGUACUUCUUGGGUAUGACAACACCAGCUGUUGCUGGCUUUCAGAGGAAGCAUUGAUUUCUCAGUGUACCAGGGGUUGUUCUUGGUUAGGGUUUUUCUUUUCCUUUUUUAAAUAAACAUAUAUUUAUUUUUUUAAA